AUGAGCAACUUGUCUACCGAUAGCCCUAUAGACCGCGUGAAUGGACAAGCCACCGAGUUUGACGCCCCUGAUUCUGUUUACAGGACUGCCAAGCUAAUGAACACAAAUGAAAGUAGGCCAAACAAUAAUUUCAACAUUUCAUGGAAUUUCGAUGUGAAGAAAAGAGCUACACACUUUGUUCGGGUUCAUUUCUGUGACAUUGUUACCCAAACCUCAAACGAACAACUCGAAUUCGAUCUCUCCAUCUAUGGUAAUUUCAGUACUGCAAUAAGUCCAUUUAACCGUACUGCAACAAAUGCUGCUCCUUUCCUCGUUAAUAUUGUAGUUGAUUCGGAUGAUUCUGGUUUUAUGAAAAUCAGUAUUGGGCCUCCAACUCCAUUACUCGUGCCACAUGAAGCAUUAGAUAACUGUAAAAUUGGGGGUUAUGAUAUACCCCGUGGCACAAUCUUGCUCAUCAAUGCUUGGACCCUUCACAGGGAUCCCACGGUUUGGGAUGAGCCCACAAGCUUCAAGCCAGAGCGAUUUGAAAUUGGGGAAGUCGGACGACCAAAAUUGAUGACAUUUGGAAUGGGAAGGAGGUCAUGUCCUGGUGCUGGCCUAGCCCAACGGGUGGUGGGUUUGACCUUAGGAUCUUUAAUACAGUGUUUCGAAUGGCAAAGGAUUAAUGAAAAGAAGGUUGAUUUAAAAGAGGGAGUAGGGAUCUCUACGCCCAAAGCUGUGCCACUGGAGGCAAGGUGUAAAGCCCGCAAUGUUCUUCACCAGGAAAAUCUCUUCGACGCUCAAUUCAAUAUUUCGGCUUCUCGGUUUUCUCUUUUAUCGAAUUUCAGCGUCAAAAACGGCAGUAGUUUACCGGUCAUCAAAGAGUUCUUCCUCAAUAUUAAUACCUCUGGAAAGUUAAAGAUUCAUUUCUUACCCCAGAAUUCUCUUGCUUUUGUCAAUGCAAUUGAAUUUUUUCUUACCCCAUUUGAGUUCAUUCCUGAUUUUGAAUCAAAUAUAACUCCAGAAGGAAACGCGACAGUCCACAAGAGUCCGUUGUCUAUCCCCUUACGUGUAAUUCAUAGGAUUAACGUUGGCGGACCAAAUAUUAUACCAAAUAGUGACACCUUCUCGAGGAGUUGGAUACCUGAUGAUGCUUAUUUGUUCAACAAGAAUUCGGCAAUAAGCAACUUUUCUACCAAUGGCCCUAUAGGCCGCGUGAAUGGACAAGCCACCGAGUUUGACGCCCCUGAUUCUGUUUACAGGACUGCCAAGCUAAUGAACACAACUGAAAUUAGGCCAAACAAUAAUUUCAGCAUUUCAUGGAAUUUCGAUGUGAAGAAAAGAGCUACACACUUUGUUCGGGUUCAUUUCUGUGACAUUGUUACCCAAACCUCAAACGAACGCCUCGAAUUCAAUCUCUCCAUCUAUGCACCACGGAUGUUACUUGGGAGUUGCCCGUGCCUGUUGUUGAACGACUACCUUCUCAAAGCAUACCGUUUAGCGACGAUGAACAAUCUUUGUUUCUUUAGCUUCGUAGGGCACUCCAUGUAUCCAGGACUGUGUAAUGGUUGA